AUGUGCGGUAAAACACCUUCUCUUCAAGGCACCACACAGGUUGGUUUGGUUUCUGUUCAGGAAUUACAGCAGCAUCUCUUGCUUAAGGAAAAAAUUAUUUCAAAAUCUUACAAGGCUUUAAUGAACCUGUUUCAAGGGAAAGAUGAUAGUACAUCAAGUGCAGAGGAGGAAUGUCUUGUCACUCUUUGUGGUGAAGAAGAAAAUCCUGUCUAUACCUUUGAUGAAAAGUUAUCAGAUAAUUUUCAAGAUUCAGAACAGCUGGUAGAGAAGAUAUGGUAUCGUGUAAUAGAAGAUAGCUUGGUUGUUGGAGUGAAAACCACAUUUUCUUUGAAGGUGUUCCUGAAUCAUGUGACUUUAUCGCUGUCAAUGGAUCAAGCCCCUAACUCCAGCUUUCCGCUCAUUAAGUGUCAAAAUAGGGUGAUCAAGUUGAGUAGGAAAUCUUCCCCAGUACCAGGCUCAGUGCCAUAUGAAAUAGGAUCAGAGGUAAAAAAAAUCAAGUUGAGUGUUGAUAGUGAGGAAGAGGAAGAGAAAGAGGAAAGCAUUGUUUGUGUAUAACCAUCUGAGAAAGAGUAUGUGCAGAUGAUUACUGCUGUAACAUCUCUUUCACCACUUUUAGCAUUCAGUAAUUUUUGUUGCAUUGUGCUGCUACAAAUUAGAGAGAGAGAGAAUAGUAACCAUUCUGCAACUCGUUAUGUUCAGUGUGGCAGAAUUUUUUUAAGUCUAGAAGAUCUUUCAAGUGGGAAAUACCUGCUGACAUUUCCAAAGAAGAGACCUAUAGAACACAUGGAAGAUCUCUUUGCGCUUCUUGCGGCCUGGCAAAGAGCUUGUUUUCAAAUCAUAUCACCCAGCUAUGCUCUGACUUCAAUGAAGGUGUGGCUCUUAGAACACAUGGAAUGUGAAGUUAUCAAAGAAUUUCCAGAAAUUUGCUUUUGCAAAAGGCCAGGAAGUUUCUAUGGGACACUCUUCAACUGGAAACAAAGAACACCAUUUGAAGGGAUUUUAAUAGUCUAUUCCAGGAAUCAAACAGUUUUGUUCCAGUGCCUUCAUAAUCUCAGCAGAGUUCUCCCUAUAAACAGUUUCUUCAAAUAUCUAAAAUUAGGAAGUGAGGAUUUCCUAAUUGGUCAUUUGACAUUAGCUUUGGAGAAGGAAUUGGUUACCCUUGGUUCUUUUUCUUCUGCCUUAGUUAAGGUUGAAAGCAACUUGGUGCAGAGUUGUGAAGCAAGAAAGAGUAGUGGUGACGUGGCUGCCUUAUCAGACAUAGAGGAAAGCACCCAUCCCUACAGAAAAGAGCUUCAGAGAGAAAAGAAGCAAAUGUUGGGGACGAACCUAAAAGUGAGUGGUGCCCUUUACAGAGAAAAGACUUUGAAAUUAGCUGAGGUUCAGCUGAAAUCAGACCUUGCUGCCCAGAAAGUGACUGAUUUAUAA